CUCGAGCGAGAUUUGUUUACGAUAUAUCUCCGCUUAAAAAGAGACAUUGUGGGUGCCGGACGAUGAGUCAGAAUUCGGACGAUACGUAAAAGAUGGGCCUGCGAACGGGAUUAAACAAUGAUAUUGACUCGAAAAAUUGCAUUAAAAAUUUUUCGACAAUUUCUUCAAUAAUUCCAUUCUUGGCGUUGUAAAUACUUCAAAGUAUUUGAUUGGCCGAACAAAAGAGAGGAAACCCCUCCUGAUUGGCCUUGAUUGGCCUCUACCUGAGAUUGUCGUAGUUACCUUCUUUAAUUUGUAUCAUGUAUAUAAAUAUUAUUUAAAAAUGUCCGAUGAUUUAUUAGCUAAGGAAAAAGAGUUUCAUAGAUUGAAUCGCGAGCUUCAACAGAAGACAAAUGAUAUGAUAAAGGAGGUUGAUUCUGUCAUCCAUGCUCGUGAUAAUUUGUUUAGCAAUGCGAAUCAAUCGUACUUAAAUUUUAUAACGAAAGAUGUAAAAACGAUACAUUCGGAAGAGAAAACAUUAAAGACAGAUAAACAAUCAAGAACAUUAGAUGGAAUUGUUGAAAUUCCACCAAAAAAAGACAAUAAUGUCGAAGUUUCAUUAAAAAAGGAUAAUAGUGUAGGAAAUAAUGCUAUUGUUACAUUGCUUAAAGGCAAGAUAGAUAUGUUGUAUAAAGAGCUACAGGCAAUGCAACUUGAGUAUAAUAAAAAGUGUGAUUAUUGUAAAGAAUUAGAAGUGGGAAAUAAAAAACUUGAUGAUAUUCAAAUUAAAUUGCAUAAUCAAGUAGGAACAUUAAAUGAUACAAUCACAAAGCUAGAAAACAAAAACUCUGAUGCAAUAUCAAACUGUCAAGUUUUGAACAGUGAAAAUAGUUCCUUAAAAAAGGAGUUGGAAGGUCUUAAGAAGGAAAUAAAUACAUUAAAUCAGCAAUCGACUAAUUAUGAUGUGAGAUUAAAUAGAUCUCUAGAAAGUAAUGAAAAACUUAGGAAUGCAUUAAAAUGUAGGCAAAUAGAAGAAAAGGAAUUAAGGAAUUCAAUUAGGAAAUUACAAGAAGACAAGAGAAUAGCCAUAAAAAGCUUGGAAAAACAGCGAAAUGAAUUAGUGCAAGCAUUUAAGAAGCAAAUGCUACUUAUAGAUAAUUUGAAGAAACAAAAUAUGUAUCUAAUGUCAAAUGGGCAAAUUCGUUUAACAGAAGAAGACUUUACAAAAUUAUUGGAGUGGAAACCUCAGCAGCUCUGAUAAAAUAUUUAUUGAAAGACUAUUACUAUUUGAUUCUAUAAGAGAAAGAUAAGACAAAUGUCAUUCUGUCAAUAAUAUCUUAUAAUGUGCAUUUUUUAACAGAGUGCUUGUGUGUUUUUUGACAUAUCAAGAUUAAACAUUAUUAAA